AGCAGCUUUUACCAGGAAACCAACAGCUACGGGGAGGGAAAAAAAAGGCUAAUUAGUCUCUGAGAGGAGCGGAAAUCCUCCAACUGCUGUUGUUUUCAACGAUGUAGAGAAAAGCGGCUGAGUAGAGCUUUAAUGAAACAGGACCCAUGACCCUGACACGAGGAUCCUUCACCUACUCCAAUGGCGAGGAGUACCACGGGGAGUGGAAAGAAGGUCUGCGCCACGGCCUCGGCCAGCUGACCUUCAGCGAUGGGACGUGCUACACCGGCCAGUUCGAGAACGGCCUCUUCAACGGCUGUGGGGUGCUGGUCUUCCCCGACGGCUCCAGGUAUGAGGGUGAAUUUGUGCAGGGCAAAUUCCAAGGUGCUGGUAUUUUCACUCGCUUUGAUGGCAUGAGGUUUGAAGGCGAGUUUAAAAAUGGAUGUGUGGAUGGCUACGGAGUGCUGACGUUUGUGGCCGGCGGUCCCGGCGGAGGGGGCGGCAGCCACGAGGGCCUGUUCGAGACCGGCCAGCUGACGAGGAGGGAGAACAGCCAGGGGGCCGUUCAGAGGGCGCAGACGGCCGCCGCCAAGGCCCGAGCGCUGGCCAUGUGACCCAGAGAGCCGCCGUGCCAGGACCAUCCACCCCGCCACUUCCUCCUCAUCUGAGCUGCUGAGGGUCUCAUUUCUACUCUUCUUCAGUUUUCUUCCUUUGACUAAUGUCCGUCUCCUUCAUGCCUCUUGCCUGUAACUUUCCCUAGAGAGGAAGGGAAUCUCCCCACAGCCACUGGUUCAGGAUGAGCUGAGCCAAACAUGGAUUUACGCUUCAGUUAACACAGCGGUGCUAAAUGUGCGUUGGGGUCUGCCAACCCGGCAAAACCCCAGAUACUAAAGUGCUUGUGGAUAUUUUCCAGUGAAACACCAGGCUGGUGAAGUUCAUGUUGAAAAUGUCUGAGUCU